CUGACCGUCUGCUUCAACGGGCGAGGUUUCCUUUCGAACGACCUGCCCGUCUUGGGGAGUCCCGCCAGCUUCUUUCGAUUCGAGGGUUUCGAAUCAGAUCUCGAGCUCCCCUUCCGCCCUCUCCGCUCCUCAUCCCCUGGAGGUCAUAGGGGUUUCUUUGGAAUGAAGAUCGAGCAAAGUUGUGUGGAGAACAAACAAUCUGCGGCAGCUUCGAGCUCAUCCCUGUCCGAGGGUAGUUAUGGAAUGACUAGGAUGUCACCUGCUGUUUGUAGCAGGCCAGCGCCUUCACCAUCGGGGAGGAGAACUAGUGGUCCUAUAAGGCGAGCUAAGGGUGGUUGGACACCACAAGAGGAUGAGACAUUAAGGAAAGCUGUUGAAGCUUACAAAGGAAGAUGUUGGAAGAAAAUAGCUGAAUUUUUUCCACAUAGAACUGAAGUACAAUGUCUUCAUCGGUGGCAAAAGGUUCUCAAUCCUGAACUUAUUAAAGGUCCAUGGAUGCCCGAGGAGGAUGAGAAGAUCAUCAGUCUUGUAGCAAAGUACGGGGCAACAAAAUGGUCUAUAAUUGCAAAAUCUCUUCCUGGUCGAAUUGGGAAGCAAUGCCGAGAGAGGUGGCAUAAUCAUUUGGAUCCUACAAUAAAGAAAGAUGCAUGGACCGUAGAGGAGGAACUUGUGCUCAUGAAUGCCCAUUGUGUACAUGGAAAUAAAUGGGCAGAAAUUGCAAAGGUCUUACCUGGAAGGACUGACAACUCGAUAAAAAAUCACUGGAAUAGUUCCUUAAAGAAAAAGUUAGAUUUCUUCAUGGCUUCUGGUAAGCUUCCACUGUUUCCAAAACCUGAGAUGCUUGAUGAUUCAGAGGCAAUAACCAACCUAGAUGGUAGACAUUCACUUCUUAGUUUGAGCGAAGGAUCAGAUACAAUUACCAGAGCUUUUUCUGGAUCAGUUUGUUCCUUUGAUUCUGGUUUGCCUGCUGAACCAUGGAAAUUGGAAGACCAAAGUAAUUGGUUGGCAUUGUCAACAGUUCAAGACUCUAAGACAGAAGCUUUAACAAAUUUGACUGUAAGGGGAAUUAAUGAUCCAGAUACUGGAUGCAGCAAGCAUACCUCGACAUCUGAUAUCUGCACUAGAUCUGAUCCAGAAACAGAGUUGGCAGAGUGUAGCAACUCCGGUGAGAAUGAUCAGCUGAAUGAUACCUUGCAACCAACAAAAUCAAAGUUGGAAACUCCUCCUGAUUUUGGUUCUCUCUUUUACAAACCAUUCCAACUAGAAGAUGUUUGCCUUUCUGCAGCUUCUACUCUAUUAACCACACAUGAUUCCAUCCAACAAUCAUACUGCUCAGCGAUCGUGACUUCGCCAAAUAGUUAUCUGACUCCUCCCUCUGUGACCGGGAGGAAUUCAAUUCAAAGUGUUGAAUCUGUAUUAAAAAGUGCAGCUAGAAGUUUCUCCAACACUCCCUCUAUUUUCAGGAGGACAAAGAGGGAAGCAGAAACGAUGUUUGCUUCUGAUAGUAGUUCGUCACAGCCAGAUAGGUUAAAAAUUCUGGACACUUCUGGUACUACUGUAGAAGGAAAGAGUGGAGAUAACUCAGAGGCAACCGAUUCUUCAAAAUUCAGUUCUAGUCCUUGUGACAGUGGAACCAUAUUAUACAAUGGAAAGAGCUUUAAUGUUUCUCCCGCGUACAGGUUGAGGUCCAAAAGGUCUGCAAUCGUCAAAUCAGUGGAGAAGCAGCUUGAUUUUACAUUCAAGGAAAAUGAUUGUGAUGGUAAUAUUGAACACCUGAACUUGCCUACAGACAGCAGUUCCCAUAGUUCCAAUACCAUCCUUCCGAGCAUACAGGAGAGGAAAUUAACUGAGCCUCCAAUUGGAUCGUAAAGUGCCAAGAACUAAAAAAACAUUAAGAUGGCCAUGACCACCUCAUACACAAGAUGUAUGAUUCUUACUUGGAUCUAGCAGGUUAAAGACUUGAGAUGUGCUGCAGAUCCAAAAUUGAAAAUCUGAGUAAACAUUUGGCGGAUUGGUAAUCUCCACUGAUACCCAGUGGUCAUGCAAGUCUGCGUUGGUUUCUCAUUUGAAAUGUACAGAUGAUGUCCUAAUUUUGCAGAAAUAUGCUAUUUUGCACAAAGGAUGUCCAACUUACAUGAAGAUGUUCAAGCAUCCAAAACGGCAUAAUUGUACAUAAACAAACCCCCUUAAGAUGAGAGAAAUGGUUUUAGAAACCUGCAGUGGAAUAAAAGCUCAUCAUGUCUUCACUCGGCCUUCA